AUGGUUUUGAUUGAGAUGUGGUCACCCGUCAAUCCAGUCGCCCGUUCAUCUCUACGCCCGUCAUCCAUUACACUCGUGGCUGGGUGUCAGCGGCAGCUUGUAGAGCGCAGGAAUCCGUUACCCCCAACAUUCCCGCCCUCUCCAAAUUCUAUGUCUGAUGGCUUCGGUUCGAAUAACGCGAGACAAGAAUUUGUACCUCAGGCUGUCCCUCACAAUUUAGACUUCAACUGCUUCGCCUGUCGGAUCGUCCCCCACGGUUCGGACUUCAACGACCCUGGCAAUGUAAACGACGAAAUGCAGCUGUUCACAUCUUAG